CGUGAAAUUCAUAAUUAUAGACGGUUAUUGCAUUAGGAGUGAGCUUUUAGAUUACUUGUAUGCAGAAAGACAAACAUUGGAUACGUUUGUUUUAACCCUAGUGUAUUCUAGCUAAUAUUAGCAUGCGAUUGCACCGUCGAGCUUGCGUUGUUUUGUUAUUAUGGUCCUCCUACGAUAGCGGCAGCAAACGCCGACCCGUUCUCGAAACAGCUUACAUAUGAAUUCAGUGCAUAGUUUUACUCUUGGCUACAUGGCACUUGUGGGUGCAUUCUACUCUUUCAGUCUCCCACAGCGACGCCAAAACCCACGGUUGCUAGCGGAGCUAGCCCCAGCCGCGCACCGGUGUCAAUUUUGACAGGAGCCGACGAAGAGCACGGUGUUGUCGGCACUGUUGUAGGGAAAGCGGGCGGUAGUUUGCUGCACCGUUGAUGUGGAAAGCCUCAACGUGGGGCUCUACAGCGCCGUGAAUCCAAGACCCUCGCCCCUAGCUUCAUGGUAGCAAGUUUAUGAGAUUCACUGACCGAUUUGGCGCCACUUUUUUCCGUCAACACCCAUUGAAUCCCGUCAUCUUGUCAUGUAAUAUACACGCAGCAACGAAGGAUGCGCAAAAACAUCGUCUGUAUUUUGUUAAUAUAAAGGUUUUAGCAGUCAACACUUUGCUACAUUGCCGCAUUUUUUAAAAUAUUGUAUCUCUGUUAUCUUACACCAUCCAUGCCAGUAAUGCAUAAUAGCGAUGGGUUGUCUUUAUUGAUGCAUUAAUUCCUUUCAAUCGUCUUUUACUGUGUCUGUCCACACUGGAUGUUGUAAAAGGAAUUUAAACUGGUACAUUAGGGGUGUUUUGGCGUAAUUCAGUUUAAAAAUCAACUGCCAAUUCCUGUAAAUAACGGUAAUUCAAAAGUUUGCCUGCAUCCUUGCAUGUAUAUGCCACUUUUUCAUACAGUAGCUACAUGCAAUAGAUGUGGCCUGCAGUAUCUUGUUGAUGUUGGUAACCUGUUUUGAUUGGCCGAGGGUUGAAAGGGGCGGACAGUGCAGUUCCAUAUUUGGCCAUAGAGGAAGACAGUCCAAUCUGUCACGAGCCAUAAUUGUAAAGCAAAGGGGCUGAGAAAGAGGGAGCCAAUGGUGAGAGUGCUCAGUGCCACAAGAGCAUCUGUACCGCCCACUGUUACCAUGUGAGGUUUCAUGCAACCUGACCUGUCCAGUUUUUUUCUGAGGAUUACAAGCCAGUCAUAAAUUGGAAGUUAUCCAGAAGAUGUUACAGAAAUGAUAGCACCAGAAAUACCAGCAGACUUUGCCUAUGCUCAUGAUACAGACACACAGUUCUCUUCAGACACAGACUUUUCUGAAGAUUUAGAUGGAAGGAGUUCAAUUUCAUCGAAAGGAAAGGGUGGAAAGAAGGGGAAGAAGGCAGCAGGAGACAAAGGCAAGGGCGUAAAGGGGGCAGGCCGGAUAAAUGGCCACCACCAGGAGAAUGGCAUGGAAAACAUUAUGCUGUUUGAGGUGGUCAAGCUGGGCAGGAGUGCAAUGCAGUCUGUCGUUGAUGACUGGAUUGAGUCUUACAAACAUGACAGAGAUUUGGCACUACUUGAUCUCAUCAACUUCUUCAUCCAGUGCUCAGGGUGUAAAGGUGUUGUCAGUGGAGAGAUGUUCCGCAACAUGCAGAACUCAGAAAUAAUCAGACGAAUGACAGAGGAAUUUGAUGAGGACAGCGGAGACUACCCUCUUACUAUAGCGGGGCCUCUGUGGAAGAAGUUCAAAUCAAGUUUUUGUGAAUUCAUUUCGGUCCUGGUGCGGCAGUGUCAAUACAGUAUCAUCUAUGAUGAAUAUAUGAUGGACACGGUCAUCUCGCUUCUCACCGGAUUGUCAGACUCUCAAGUCAGAGCCUUCAGACACACCUCUACACUGGCAGCCAUGAAGCUGAUGACAGCCCUGGUGAAUGUAGCUCUCAACUUAAGCAUCAACAUGGACAACACCCAGCGCCAAUAUGAGGCCGAGAGGAAUAAAAUGGUGGCCAAAAGGGCCAAUGACAGACUGGAGCUCCUGUUGCAGAAGCGAAAAGAGCUCCAAGAAAACCAGGAUGAGAUUGAAAACAUGAUGAAUGCAAUAUUUAAAGGAGUCUUUGUACAUCGUUAUCGUGAUUCCAUAGCAGAAAUCAGAGCCAUCUGUAUAGAAGAGAUUGGAGUGUGGAUGAAACUCUAUAGUGACGCCUUCCUUAACGACAGUUAUCUAAAGUAUGUGGGAUGGACAAUGCAUGACAAGCAAGGUGAGGUACGUCUGAAGUGUCUGACAGCUCUGCAGGGUCUGUACUACAACAGAGAGCUCAAUGCAAGGCUGGAACUCUUCACCAGUCGCUUCAAGGACCGGAUCGUCUCCAUGACCCUUGAUAAGGAGUAUGAUGUUGCAGUUCAAGCAAUUAAAUUGCUCACUUUAGUUUUGAAUAGUACAGAUGAGGUAUUGACUCCGGAGGACUGUGAGAGCGUCUAUCAUCUGGUCUACUCAGCACACAGGCCUGUCGCUAUUGCAGCAGGAGAAUUCCUCUAUAAAAAAUUGUUCAGCCAGCGGGAACCAGAGGAAGAAGGUGCCCCCAAGAGGAGAGGCCGACAAAGUCCUAAUGCCAACCUCAUCAAGACCACUGUCUUCUUCUUCCUGGAGAGCGAGCUCCAUGAACAUGCAGCCUACUUGGUGGAUUCUCUCUGGGAGUGUGGUGCUGAGCUACUGAAGGACUGGGACUGUAUGACAAGCUUACUGUUAGACGAUCCAAUGCCAGGAGAGGAAGCUCUGACUGACAGACAAGAGACAGCUUUGAUUGAAAUCAUGCUGUGCACUGUACGCCAGGCUGCUGAAUGCCACCCGCCUGUUGGAAGAGGGACAGGGAAGCGGGUGAUGACAGCGAAGGAAAGGAAGACUCAGCUUGAUGACAGAACCAGAAUGACAGAGCUAUUUGCUGUGGCUUUGCCCCCUCUGCUGGCCAAGUACGCUGUGGAUGCCGAGAAGGUGACCAACUUGUUACAGCUUCCUCAGUUUUUUGACCUGGAAAUAUAUACCACAGGACGUCUGGAGAAGCACCUUGAAGCCCUACUCCGCCAAAUCAGAGAAAUAGUGGAGAAGCACACAGACACUGAAGUCUUGGAGACAUGCUCCAAGACCUACCAUGCCCUCUGCAGUGAGGAGUUCCCAAUCUUUAACAGGGUCGACAUUGCCCGCUCACAGCUGCUGGAUGAGCUGGUGGACAAGUUCAACACGCUGCUGGAGGAUUUUCUACAAGAGGGUGAAGAUUCUGAUGAAGAUGAUGCUUAUCAGGUUUUGUCAACUCUAAAGAGGAUCACAGCUUUUCACAAUGCACAUGAUCUGUCUGGGUGGGAUCUCUUUACUAGCAACUUUAAGUUGCUCAACACAGGCAUAGAGAAUGGAGACAUGCCCGAACAGAUAGUCAUCCAUUCACUGCAGUGCACGCACUAUGUCAUCCUGUGGCAUCUGGCCAAGUCAUCUGAAGGCAGCUCUCGAAAGGAUGACAUGGUGACCUUGAGGAAACAGAUGAGGGCCUUCUGUAUGAUGUGUCAGCGGUACCUGACCAAUGUCAACACCGCCGUCAAAGAACAGGCAUUCACCAUCCUUUGUGACCUCCUGCUCAUCUUCAGCCACCAGAUGGUGUCUGGAGGCAGGGAACACUUGGAGCCCUUAGUCUAUUCCCCAGAGGAUUCGCUUCAGUCUGAACUGCUCUCCUUCAUCCUGAAUCACGUCUUCAUAGACCAGGAUGAUGACACCAAUAGUACAGAUGGCCAACAGGAUGAUGAAGCUGUGAAGAUUGAAGCUUUACACAAGAGGCGAAACCUUCUUGCUGCCUAUUGUAAACUCAUCAUCUACUGUGUGGUAGAAAUGAAAACCGGCGCUGACAUUUUCAAACAGUACAUGAGGUAUUAUAAUGAUUAUGGCGACAUAAUCAAGGAAACAAUGAGUAAGACCCGGCAAAUCGACAAGAUUCAAUGUGCCAAAACCCUCAUCCUCAGUCUUCAGCAGCUUUUCAAUGAAAUGCUGUCAGAGCUGGGCCAUGGCUUUGAUCGCUCAUCCUCUGCUUUCUGUGGAAUAAAAGAGUUAGCCCGUCGGUUCUCUCUAACCUUUGGCCUGGACCAAGUUAAAACCAGAGAUGCCAUUGCCAUGCUACAUAAGGAUGGCAUUGAGUUUGCUUUUAAGGACCCAAGUCCCCAGGGAGAAGGAGGCCCUCCCCUCAACCUGGCUUUCUUAGACAUCCUCAGCGAGUUCUCCUCCAAGCUGAUGAGACAAGACAAGAGGACUGUCCACAUGUACUUGGAGCGCUUUAUGACGUUCCAGAUGGCACUGCAACGAGAGGACUGCUGGCUCCCCCUCAUUUCAUACAGGAAUUCCCUGCAGGCUGGCGGUGAUGACGACACAAUGUCAGUGAUGAGUGGUUACUCCAGCAGAGGCUCCUCUGUUCGUUCCAAGAAGACCAAGGCUCCUGUUGUGACAGCUGGAACCUCUGCAGCCAAGAGGAAGCUACCAGAAGAGGAGAGCAGUAGCAGUGAGGUGUGGCAGCAGGGUAUUCAGACCCCAGUCAUGAUGCCGUCCCCCCACCUGACCUCCACUGCCAUGCGCGAGCCUAAAAGGGGUCGCGAUGACAGCUACAUGGGCGUCUACCCCCUUCCUCACGAGCAGCAGCAGCCCCACCAACACCCACAACACCAUCAACAGGCACCUCAGCACCACCAGACACCCAUGGAUUACAAUUCCCAGGUGACGUGGAUGCUGGCCCAGAGACAGCAAGAGGAGGCUCGUCAGCAGCAGGAAAGAGCCAUGAACUACGCCAAGCUCAGGACCAACCUGCAGCAUGCUAUACGUCGUGGCACCGGCCUCAUGGAGGAAGAUGAAGAGCCAAUUGUGGAAGAUGUGAUGAUGUCGUCUGAGGGUCGUAUGGAUGACCUGAAUGAAGGCAUGGACUUUGAUACCAUGGACAUUGACCUGCCACCAUCUAAAAAUCGGCGUGAGAGGUCUGAGCUCAAGCCGGACUACUUUGACCCCGCUUCGAUCAUGGAUGAGUCGGUCCUUGGAGUGUCCAUGUUUUAAACUCCUAUCCAGAUGAUUUUCAAGCUGGGAUACAAGAAGAGGAGCUUUGUAUUUAAAGAGAAUUUUAGAUGCGAAAACAAGUGUGUUUUCUGUAAGAAAAAGCAAAAAUGACAAAAAAAAGUUUGGGCUUGUACUCCACGUGGACCAAUGAUGAGCCACACUCAGUGUUGCUUGCUCAGAGAGGACUUGAAAUCUAUACUUUUCUAAUCUUGGGUAAGCUCUUCCUGUUGGGCCACUUCCAACCCUAUUUUGACAUCCACAAUAGCAUCUUCCCCAAUUUUACUUUCUUUGCCUCUCCCCCCUCCCCCCCUCCCAACGGUGGAUGGAUUGGUGUGUUUUUAAUUUAAGAAACGUUCAUUUGUUUUCUGUCUAACCCUUUUUCCAAUGUAGUAAGUUACCAGGUGUGAUGUAGUAAUUUAUAAACGGACUGUAGUAGCUUGCCUGUACUGUGUUAGCCACGUGGACGGAGGUCUUUCUGUUUGUUCUCUUUAAGUUGAGGUCCUGAUAACCACUGGUGGUUCAGAUGAUGUAGAAACAAUCCCAGUCUCAACGCUCCAUGCUCGACAAGUAGUACGUGUUAGAGCUUACCCCAAGAUCUGGACCACUCCUUAACCACCAUCUGCUAAGAGGAACGUUCAAAGUCCAAUUCUUUCUUCUCUUACAAUCUAGCAGCAUCAUGUCAAAAUGGGUAUCGUACAUUUUAAAUAAAAAAUCUAUAUGAAUCGGUGCUGAUUUUUAUAUAUGUGCUUUGCUUCUUUUCAACCUUCAGUCACACCAAUGUAAGAAAAAAAGGAAAGCAUGUCAAUCCAUGCGGCCAGGAAGAUUUUUAGAUUUGUACUUUUACCCUUUUGCUUUUUUCCUCCCUCCCCUUUUAUUGUCUUGGGGUUUCUACCUUCUUUCCUAAUGUGUAAAUUAGUUUGGAUAAAACGAAUGAAAUUCAGCUUUAAAGAUUUUCUCAACUUGAGUCAUGUCACACAUACAAAAAAGAAAUAUAAUCUGUGAAAAUAUUAAAGACAAGUUAUUCAGCAGCGCUGUGGCAGCUAGACGACAGCUUAGAUUUUGACACACACACACACACGUUUGAAUGGACUGGUUUGUCUUCUUUUGUAGUCAUUCCAUGCUUGAGCCUUAAACAUGCUUCUCCUGUCACGCUAAAUCUUCCAUGUCAGCAGAGUGGUCAUGUUUAAAGGUGCAUCGUCGGCUUCUUAGAACAAGACAUGAGGUGGUCAAAUGUCAUGUGAUUACGUAGAUGAGCAGCCUAUAUGUGUUUUGCCUAAUUAUUUUAUGUAAGUAAAAACUCAAUUCUUUUAAGGACAAAGUACUGUUUAUUGUUUGUUGCGUACCACUACAUAUGGUAUAAAUCCUUAUUAGAUCAUGUGUAUAUAUAUUCAAAUUUUAAUUUCUUUCCUUUUUGGCCAUUUUAUUUUGUGCUUUUGUUUCUGCACUCUUGCCUACACCCUAAGUUGUCUAUUCUCCCACUCUGUUUUCUGAUUUGUACUUGUCUGGAGACAGUAACUUUUGAAUAAAAAUCAACACAUUUCAA